UCGCUGAAGAUCAUGAUGGCGUAUAUGAACCCGGGGCCCCACUAUUCCGUCAAUACCUUGGCCCUGGGUGGCCCUAGUAUGGACUUGAUGCACCAGGCUGUGUCCUACCCAAGCACCCCAAGGAAGCAACGGCGGGAACGGACCACCUUCACCCGGAGCCAGCUGGAGGAGCUAGAGGCCCUGUUCGCCAAGACCCAGUAUCCGGAUGUGUAUGCCCGUGAGGAGGUGGCGCUGAAGAUCAACCUACCUGAGUCCAGGGUUCAGGUUUGGUUCAAGAACCGCAGGGCUAAAUGCAGACAGCAGCGACAACAGCAGAAGCAGCAGCAGCAGCCCCCAGGAGGACCAACCAAGGCUCGUCCAGUAAAGAGGAAGGUGGCAACACCCCCCAGAGCCUCAACAGAUGCCUGUCCAGACCCCCUGGGCAUCUCAGAUUCCUACAGCCCGCCUCUACCUGGCCCCUCAGCCUCUACUACCACAGCAGUGGCGGCUGUGUCCAUCUGGAGUCCAACCUCAGAGUCCCCUUUGCCUGAGUCCCAGCAGGCUGGGUUGGUGGCCUCUGGGCCUGCUCUGACUUCAUCCCCCUAUGCCAUGACCUAUGCCCCCGCCUCUGCUUUCUGCUCUUCCCCAUUGGCAUAUGCAUCUCCAAGCUCCUAUUUCAGUGGUCUGGAUCCUUACCUUUCUCCCAUGGUGCCCCAAUUGGGGGGUCCAGCUCUCAGCCCCCUGUCUGGGCCCUCUGUGGGACCAUCCCUGGCUCAGUCACCCACCUCUCUAUCAGGCCAGAGUUAUGGCUCCUACAGCCCUGUGGACAGCUUGGAAUUCAAGGACCCCACAGGCAGCUGGAAAUUCACCUACAACCCCAUGGAUCCUCUGGACUAUAAGGAUCAGAGUGCCUGGAAAUUUCAGAUCUUGUAG